UACCUGUCAUUUUGCUCCAAAUAAGUCAGCUGUUGUGUCGGUGAUCGGUGAUGUAAUCGUAACGAUCGAACUACCUGUGCCAAUAAAAUUCUGUGUUAAAAUAUCCAGUGUUUGGUGUGCUUCUAACCGUGUUAAUAAAUUUUAUUUAAAACUCCGAAAAAAUCAUAUGAAUCUUUUGUCGGCUUGUUAAAAAUGUUGUCUUUUAUACCACGGUCACUCAGAUCAGUGACAGCAAAUGCUGGUCACAAGACAAUUCUCAACCAAAUACCAAGAACUAUAAAUGCAGAAGACCAACACAAGAGGCAUCUCACAGGAGACGUUAUUUCUCCUGGUCAAGUCAUGGGAAUUGAACAUCUAAGGGAUCCACGUUUGAAUAAGGGGUUAGGAUUUACAUUAGAAGAACGUCAAGCACUAGGUAUACACGGUCUACAGCCAGCCCGUUUUAAGACCCAAGAACAGCAACUAGAACUAUGUAGGAUAUCAGUCGAAAGAUACCAAGAAGAUCUAAACAAAUACAUCUACCUCACGGAAUUGCAGGAUAGGAACGAAAAACUGUUUUUUAGGCUGUUAUCUGAAAAUAUUGAAACAUUGAUGCCCAUCGUUUAUACUCCUACUGUCGGGUUGGCGUGCCAGAAGUUCGGGUUGAUUUACAGAAGACCCAGAGGGUUGUUCAUUACGAUUAAUGACAUUGGUCACGUGUACGAUGUUGUUAAGAAUUGGCCCGAACCAGAUGUUAAAGCUGUAGUCGUCACAGACGGUGAAAGAAUCUUAGGUCUUGGAGAUCUUGGUGCUUGCGGCAUGGGUAUUCCUGUAGGAAAGCUGGCCUUAUAUACAGCUUUAGCUGGAAUUAAACCUCAUGAAUGCUUACCAGUAGUAUUAGACGUCGGCACCAAUAAUCAGGCUCUCCUUGAAGAUCCUCUGUAUGUUGGACUUCGCCAGAAGAGAUCAACCGGUAAACUGUACGACGACUUUUUGGACGAAUUCAUGGAAGCAAUCGUGACACGUUAUGGUCAGAACACUUUAAUUCAAUUUGAAGAUUUUGGUAACCACAAUGCCUUCAGAUUCCUUUACAAAUACCGAGAACAGUAUUGUACUUUCAAUGACGAUAUUCAGGGUACUGCCAGUGUAGCAGUAUCUGGAUUAUUGGCUUCCAAAAGACUUACAAACAAAAAACUCAGUGACAACAAAUUCUUGUUCCUGGGAGCUGGAGAAGCGGCUAUAGGUAUUGCCGAUUUGACGGUUAAAGCUUUAGAAAAUGAAGGAUUAAGUGAACAAGAAGCCAGAGACAAAAUUUGGAUGGUUGACAUCGACGGAUUGUUAGCGUUGGAAAGGCCCGAAGGCGGUUUGGAUGGCCACAAGAAGUAUUACGCCAAAAAUCACGCUCCCAUCAAAGAUUUUGCCGCCAUUGUUAACGAAAUUAAACCGUCAAUAUUAAUAGGCGCUUCUGCUGCUGCAGGUGCAUUUACACCGGAAAUUUUAAAGAAUAUGGCUGCGUUUAAUGAAAGACCAAUUAUUUUUGCUCUCAGUAAUCCGACAAGUAAAGCUGAAUGUACAGCCGAACAGGCGUACGUUAAUACAGAGGGCCGUGCGAUAUUCUCUAGUGGUUCCCCCUUCGGCAAAGUCCACUAUGGGGACAAAGUUUUCCAACCGGGUCAAGGCAACAACGCCUACAUCUUCCCAGGAGUAGCUUUAGGAGUAAUCCUCGCGGGAAUCCACCAUAUUAACGAACAAAUUUUCUUGAUAGCCUCAGAAACAGUGGCCAAAAACGUUUCAGAUGAAGACCUUAAGAGAGGUAGUUUGUAUCCACCCCUAAGUUCGAUCAAGGAGUGUUCCAUGCAGAUAGCUUGUGAAGUAUUGGAAUAUGCCUACCAAGAACGUAUCGCAUCAGUAUAUCCCAAACCAAAAGACAUGAGAAAAUAUAUCGAGAGCCACCAAUACAACUACAACUACGAACCAUCCCUACCCCAAAUCUGGCCCUGGCCCAACCCCCCUUACAUCAAAACCAGACCAAUGGAACCGACGAAAUUGAAAGCCUAGUCAAAAUUUUAGAUAGAAAUCCUCCACCAUUAUAGAUAUAAGAUAAAUUAUUUUCUUUUUUAUGUAUAAAUUAAUUGUUUUAUAUUUAAGAGAUUAUUUAUUUUGUUGGCGAUUGUACAUAAUGUUAUGUAUGAUGAAGUCUAGCCGAAAUCUUAAGACACACUCGAAAUUUUUAGCGGGGUCAUGACGGGAAAAUUAAGGAGUAUGACGUGGAUUCAGUCACGUCAUCUGUCAGUUGUCACUGGAUACUUCAAGUACUGUAAGUCGCGUCAUCUGUCAGUGGAUGUGUCAAGUACUGUAAUUAUUGUGAAGGGCAAGAGAAUAGUUUCAAAUUGUGUGUAGGCCUACAGUAUUUUUGAUUGUCAAUUAUAACAAACAUUCUGUCUAAAAAUGCUGAAAUAUUAUGGAAAAAAGCUAUUUUUAAAUUUUCACACCAUCCUAAUAAAUAUUGUAAAUUCAGUCAUCAUAAAAACAUGAACUAAAAUAAGUUUUUAAUAAAGAAUAAUAAAACAAACAAUAAAUACUCAUUGAGGACGAAAGGUGUUAGAUUCUGGUACCCCUCCUUUAUAUUAUCCCACAUUUCUCAAUUUAAGAACCAUCACUUCCGCGCAAACUCACGUUGCCAAUCAUCAGUACGCAAAUUCAAAUAAACAAAAAGCCUUCUAGUCCUAAACUCGAUGGUUAGAUGACGCUACUAAAGUUACAAAAAGGAGAACCUGUUGACAAGUUACAAUAAAAUGAAAGAUUAAGGGAAGGGGGAGAAGCAGAUAUUUUGUUCUUGAAAAAAAAUCAAAGGAUCUAUUCUAGAAGAAACACGGCUGCAUGAACUUGGAUAAAUAGAAAGCAUUACAGUCCGUAAUUUACUGGACACAGCGCAGCUCAUAUGGACAGCAUAAGUCUGACGUCACAAAAUUGGGAGGAGCUUAUAUUGACUCCAAACAAUUUUGUUUGUAACGUUAAAUUGCCAUAAGGAAUGUGCUUUGUGUGGCAAAAUAAGACUUCAUUUAGGUAUUUCGUUAAAGAAACGUGUUAAUUAAGAGAUUUUUAUUCGUUUUUGCUCAGGUGGUUUUUCUUCCUUAGUGGUUGAAAAUAAACAUAACCUCAAAACUGUUUACGUUCUUAUCAUUUCAUUAAAUUAAUUCACCUGAACAAAAACGAAUAAAAAUCUCUUAUUUGACACGUUUCUUUAACUAAAUACCUAAAUGAAAAGUCUUAUUUUGUCACAAAAACCACGUAAACAAUAAAUGAAAAAUUCCUCAUGAGUGGUUAACCUUAUAAACAAAAUUGUUUGGGUCAAAUAUAAGCUCCUCCCAAUUUUGUGACGUCUAGACUUAGGAUAUGUCCAAGGUUCAUAAAUAGACCCAAUGGUAUAGGGACCUUGGGAUAUGUCCAUUAUCAGUAACCACUGCGCAAAUUCAGAUUAGAUAAAGCAAAGCCUCAGUUCCAAAAUUGAUGGUUAGAUGUCGCCACCUAAAUGAAGUGGAUAAUAUUAGUACAAAACCGAAUUUUAUUGAAACUUAUGAAGUUAAAUCAAAGAUAGUUUAAAACGAAAGUGUUUUAAGUUAAAGCUAUAUCGGUUUCAGGCAACCCGAUAUUAUACGAACUGUUUCAUUUAGAGCCACGUCGACGUGUAUUACUAUUACCUUUUUUGUUGGUUGUUGGGGCUAUUUGUUGUAUAGAAUCGGCGCGAGAACACUUCCCUGUAGGAGCCAUUUUUGGUCCCUUCGCCGACUGUUCUUGGACUGACGCGUCUAUUCUGGAGGAGAUAUUUCACUAAUAGACGGAGAGGCAGUUGAUUACUGUGAUUGUAUAGAGAAACCUACUGCGGUCUGUCAAGCGAAACGUAGAACAGAUGGUACUGACAGCUUGUCAAAGUUGCUUACCUGCGGAGGUAAUUAAAUGCAUUUAUCAAGACCGAAAAUCAAUACACACAUUCUAAAUUGAAUAUAAAUAAAAGUUUUUAUAAUCGGUCAGCUGUAUGACGGGACAGAGUCGGUCGGUCGGCCCCAAUGAAUGUACAGGGUUAUUCACUAUAUAUUUUGACCCCCUUGUAAACUGCUUUAUUUACAGAAUUAGAAAAAAAUGUAAAAUACAAAAGUUAUUCGAUUUUUUAAUUAUGAUUUUUUGACAUAUAUAUCGUACUAGUGACGUUAUCCGUCUGGGCGUGAUGACGUAAUUGACUAUUUUUUAAAGGGGUCGUGUGCUAGCUCAUUUGAAAGGUUAUUCAAUUCUCUAUGCAGUAAUAUAAACAUUACGAUCACUAUUUAUACAGGGUGUCCAAAAAUUUUUUUCGAAUUAUUAAUUAAACAAUUAAUUUAAAUAAUUUUUUUUUGGUCACCCUGUAUAAACAAUCAUGUUUAUAUUACUGAAUAGGGAAUUGAAUAAACUUUCAAAUGAGCUAGCACACGACCCCUAUUCUCAUUUAAAAAAUAGUCGAUUAUGUCAUCACGCCAGAUGGAUGACGUCACUAGUACCAUAAUAUAUACGUCAAAAAAUCAUAAUUUAAAAAUUGAAUAAGUUUUGUAUUUUACAUUUUUUUCUAAUUCUGUAAAUAAAGCAGUUUACAAAGGGGUCAAAAUAUAGUGAAUAACCCUGUACAUUCAUUGGGGCCGACCGAUCGGCUCUGUCCCGUCAUACAGCUGACCGACUAUAAUAACUUUUAUUUAUAUUUAAUUUAGAAUGUGUGCACUGAUUUUCAGCCUUAGUAAAUGGAUUUAAUUACCUCUGCAGGCAGUGCCGGAUUUAGUUCAUGGACCGCCGGGGGCUAAGUCAUACUAUACCGCCACUCUCCAGUAGGUAUAUAUGCGUCUUAGGUUAACAAUUAAUUAAAACUAUUUUAAUAUUAUUAGGUAAUUUAUUACAAAUAUACAAAAAAGUCACAAAGACACAAACUCACAACUUAUAAAGUAAAUUAACAUAAUUAGUUAUUUCUUAUUAAAAUUUCUUCAGCAACUAAAAAAAGAAGUACUUUCCGUAGUGCAUUCUUCUGCAUGUUGUACAAUCAAAUUUAGGGAAUGGGCUGCACAUGGUACGUAUUUUGCCAAACUAUUCCUAGAUUUUAUUCGGGCUUGGAGACCGCUAUAAACGCCAGACAUGUUAUUCGCAUUGCCAUACGAUUGUCCCCUGCAGUCAUCGAUAUGUAUAUUCAGGUUGGACAAAAUUUUUACAAUGCUGGCUUCCAUAUCUUCGGCUUUGUGGCCAGUGUUGUCUAAAAACUGUAUGAACCUCUCGACAGGUAUUCCGGUGUCCGAGCAAUACCUAAUAAUGAAUUUCAGUUGAUAUGUAAGUGUUAUAUCAGGCGUAGAGUCAACACUGAGACACUGAUUGAAUAAUAUUUGCCACACUGAAUUUGUUUUACAAUUUCUUCCAAUAUGUGGUCCGAAAGCACUUGCAAAAAUUCAAAACAAAUCGUUUUUGAUAAAUAAGAUGCUGAACCACAGCCAUUUGAAGCAUAUUUUUCAAUGUGUUCUUUUAAAAGAGGAUCUAUUCCGUCAACAACUCUACUAAUCGAAGGCAGUUGCCAUUGCUAGUAGAACUAAAUUUUUCGUCGGUUCCUCUAAAAUCUAAAAGGUAGUCCCCUACCAGCUAAGAAUUUUAUGACACUAACGACUGUUUGUAAUAUGUUUCGCCAAUAUGUGGUCUCAUGUUCAAUCUAUUGCCGCAAAGAAUCUUUCUCAUACUUAAUGAAUUUCUUGAAAUACAAUUUUUAAGAUGUUCUAAAUUAACGACUGACCUUUCAUGACUGUCCCUUUUUUCUUUAGUCUUUUUCCAGUCGUCAAAUCCAGUAAAAAAGGAAAAAGUGCAAUUUUCGCUUGAAAAGAGUCAACAAUAUAAGCAAAAUAAAGAGCCUGUGCUUUUGGAAUAAACUAACCAGUCACGCCGAAUUUUUCACCAAUCUUUAAAACUUCAUAGAAUAGUGAUUUAGUGCAGUACCUGUUUUGUUUUCCUAUAUUUUUCUUUUUGAAAAUUCAAAGUCUAAAGAAUUAAGAUCCUGUGUUUUGAAUUCUUUCAGCACUUCAUCUACACAAUUUCUUGGCCAGAAUUUUGGAUCUUGUAAAUCAACUCGAUUAACACCACUUUCGACUAGAAUUUGACGUUCAGGAGAACUCUUUUCAGGAUGUAACUCGAUGUCCCAAAGUGGAUCUGAAUUUGCUGUGGAUGAAUCAUCUCGACGUGAUGAAGAUCCUGCUGCGAAUUUUAUUUGAUUAAAAAACUAACUAAAACAGUCAAAUAAACCUACCUUCUAAAACAUCUGAAACUGUUGCAAUUGGAUCGUCUUGAAAAUAAGUGCUCGUUGGUAUAAUAUCUUGCCUGGAUUUGCAAAAAAGCUGAAUCUUUUGACGUACCGCCUCUCAAAAUUUACCGCCGGGGGCUAAUAGUCCCAUAGCCCCCCCCCUUAAUCCGGCACUGUCUGCAGGUAAGCAUCUUUGACAAGCUGUCAGUACCUCCUGUUCUACGUUUCGCUUGACUGACCGCAGUAUGUUUCUCUACACAAUCACAGUAAUCAACUGUGAAAUAACUAGCUUUAGUAAAUUCAGAGAAAUUUUUCAGCGCUGCCUCUUGGACUAUAACCUUGUAAGUCGGAAAUCCUCGUAGUUUCGUAGAGUUUUGCGAGUAACAGUUGAUGGUUAACUGUGUCAUGGGCGGCAGUUAGGUCUAUGAACGACUGGGUGAACGUGAACAUCCCGUUGGGUGACAAUCGAGUCAAUGUGAAUGAAUCAGUUUUUAAAACAUUAAUAGUGGUCUCUUUUGAUUAAUUUGUGUCAAUUGUAUCUGAAAUAUGCCGUUUUUAUUCAUUAUUUCAUAAGCGAUUUUUAGAAGCUUUGAAAUAUAUAAAGUGUCGAAGGUUUUCAAGUAUGACUUAAGAUUUUUGACAGAUACCGCACUAUUAAAAAUUGCACAAUGUUGGUUGUGAACCAACUAAAUUCGAUGUAAAACAAAAUGAAAUUUUAAUGUGACAUACGUGAGACAUAAAAAAAAUCUGUGAAAUUUAAUUGGAUUUUAAAAUUCCAUGUAAUAGGAAAUGAAAUUUAAAUGUGAAAUACGUGAGAUGUAUAAAAAAAUCUGUAAAAUGUAAUUGUAUGUGAUUAUGACAUGUUAUCUCAUUGUCAAUUCUCAGUAAAACCAUAAUAUAACGAUGUA